AUGCCCUCGCACAAGAAUGGUGGCUGUGACCCCGGAGUUGCAGACUCGCCGCCUAUUUCGGGAACCGGCUUAAACAUAUCUUCACAGAAGUCCUUGCAUGCAGAUGAAACUCACAUUACCUCUGCCACCCCACCUGACACGUCGUCGCUGAGGCAGUAUCGCGCAUCCGUGCUCAAAGCCACCGCCCGCCCACCGAUUCAACCUACUUACAUGCCAUCCAUGAUCACCAACCAGGCUAGCGCCAAGUUAGACUCUCUGACAUUGAAAGAAAAUGUCCAGCCUAAGAAGCCCGAUGAAGAACACCAGUUGAGUUUGUUUCACCAAGUAUCAGAAUGGCUGCAGAACGAGAAGUCCCGGCACAGUGUUCACAAAUCCAGACGGGAUGACGCCGUUUCAAACCUCACAGAGAACCCUGGUACUGAUCAACAAGCAUCAGGGGAACCCAGUCACCGUCCUGGAUCUAUUCUGCCUCUGGAGAAGUUGGAAGAGAUUCUUAUGCAGUACUCGCGCGCGCACGGUCUGGAUGCGCUGGAUGCACUUCAAUCUGUGAACCGGGUAGCCCGACGAAAGCUAAAAGGCCUUCGCCGAGGCUCUGCCUCGGAAUCUGAUUACACCGAUGUCGAAGCUCCAGUCCCCGGCGUUGAGGCAGUUCUUGACAACUCCAAGACCCUGGCGUACAACUCAAGUGUCGCUGCAGAUGACGAUACUGUUGACAGCAGCAUAUCUUCAAAGCAAGUGAAGGAUCGAGAAGCUUGGCAGACGUUUAGAACUGGGAUUCUUCGUCUCGCACAUACUUUACAGCUCCGUGGCUGGCGCAAAGUCCCAAUGGAAAGGGCCAAUGACAUUGAAGUGGUGCGACUUAGUGGCGCCUUGACUAAUGCGGUAUAUGUGGUUCAGCCGCCCAAGAAUCUCCCUCUGAAGAGUGACUCCAAUUCUUUGGUCUCUAAGAAGCCUCCUCCAAAACUGUUGCUUCGGAUUUAUGGUCCCCAGGCUGAGCACCUCAUCGACCGUGAAAAGGAAUUGCAAAUUCUGCGCCGUCUUGGUCGAAAGAACAUUGGCCCGCGCGUGCUUGGGACUUUCACAAACGGUCGAUUUGAGCAAUUCUUGGAGGCUCGCACCUUGACAGCGCAAGAUUUGCGAGUUCCGGAGACUGCUAAGCAUAUUGCCAAGCGAAUGCGGGAGCUUCACGAUGGUAUAGAACUUCUUAAGGAGGAGCGGGAGGGUGGACCGAAAGUCUUCCAAGACUACGAGAAAUGGGUAGAUCACUGUGAAAGGUUGACAACCUGGUUGGACAAAGAGGUACAAUCACCAGAUAAUGAAGCUAAAGCAGCCACCGAAUCGUGGCGACGACGGGGAUUUGUUUUCGGUGUGCCAUGGGCGACAUUUCGCAAAGCCGUAGACAGAUAUAGGGCCUGGCUCAUCGCUACCUGUGGUGGAAUGGAUGAGAUCAAGCGACAACUUGUGUUCGCCCAUAACGAUACACAAUAUGGAAAUUUGCUCCGAAUGCAGCCUGCGACGGAAUCGCCACUACUCCUGCCCGCGAAUGAGCACAAGCAGCUUGUUGUCAUCGAUUUCGAGUAUGCAAAUGCCAACACGCGUGGAUAUGAGUUUGCCAAUCAUUUUACCGAAUGGUGUUACAACUACCACGAUGAAGGGCGCUCAUGGGCUUGCAAUAAUCGCAUGUACCCGACACCCGAGGAACAGUAUCGCUUUAUCUCCAAUUACUUGACACAUCGUCCCGCAAGCGUAGCUGCCGGACACAUAUCACCAGUCAUUUCUGGCCGUAAUGCCCCAGCUAUCACGCCCCUUGAUCUUGACGAAAAUCCCACAGAGUCGUCCUGGAAUCAAGCCCAAUCUCUCGAGCAAGAUUUGGAGAAGGGAGUGCGCGACUUGAUGAAACAAACACGUUUGUGGCGUGUAAUCAGCUCAGUAAACUGGGCGACGUGGGGUAUCGUCCAAGCCAAAAUCCCUGGUAUGGAAGAGGGCAUCGCAAAAAUGAACGGUGCCUCAAACAAUGAAAAAGCUCUCGAUAUCAAAGAGGAGGCUUUGAUGUCCCCGGCAGAAUCCGAUGCCCAUGAGGAAGAGGGCUUUGAUUACCUGGCAUAUUCCCAGGACAGAGCCAUGUUCUUCUGGUCUGAUCUCCUGCAAAUGGGCCUGGUGAAUCCGGAAGAGUUGCCGGCAGACAUGGUUGAACAUAUUCGCACACGCAUUGUCAAUUACUGA